UUCAGUUUCUAACGAACGUUCUCAUUGAUCGCAGCGUUUAACGGACGGUUUCAUUCGUAUGUCAAUCGUCGAUGGUCGCUCGGUUGUUUCGUUGACGAAAAUUCUGUUCUGUUUGUUUGGGUGAACGACGAAUGUAAAAAACUCGUUCUUUGACUUUUUGUUGGCUUUUCGAUUCGAAAAAAAGAAGUCAAUGCAAAUUUGUUUUCAGGCGUUUCCAAUCAAAAUCCGAUUGUGUUGAAUUGGUAUUGAAUUAUUUUCGAAAAGAGAGAGAGAGAAAAAAAAGUUAUAAUAAAUAAAAAAUAGAAAUUAAAUAAUGCAAAAAUGCAAAAUUUUUUUAUUUUGUAAAUUAAGUGAAAGAAUUUCGCGUUGCUGAAAGAGAAAUUUACAGGAUAAACAAAAUGCCAUCUCACAUUUGAAAAAAAAAAUAUUGACUCAAUCCCAAAAGAACAAUGAGAAAAAAUGUGAAAUAAUUGUCGGAUUCGAAUAGAAAAUAAAACUAAACAAAUGAAUAAUGAACUAAAGCAAACAUAACAACAAAACAAAAAAACACCGAAGGAAUUAUUACUAAUAAUAACAACAACAACUAAAACAAAAACAAAAAAAUAAACAAAUAAAGGAAAACAAAGAACAACAAUAACAACAACAAAGAAACUAAAAAAUGAAAAGAAAGAAAGUGAUUCAUUAAAAAAACAACAACAACGACCCACAAACAAUUAUGCAAAACUACAAAAAAAGCAACAACAACAACAAAUAUAAUGUAAAUGAAAAGAAAACAACUACAACAACAUAAUACCAAAACAACAACAAAAAUUAAAAAAAAAACAUAAGCGAUACAAAUCAAAAGAUUGAAAUCCCUCCAGCUCCAAAGGAAAAUGAAAUUGAAUUUCCACCUUCCCAACUUCUCGUCUGGAUCUCUUCAUCUUCUCUUGCUACUGCCAUUAGUCUUCAACCAUUUGCAGCUCAAUCAUGCCCAGGCAACACAAAAUGUUCUCCCCUUUAAAUCCAAUGAUCCCAUGGCCAUCACCGAAAGGCUACAAGUCUUUCGGGCCCCUGGCUCCACCACCACCUCCACCACAACAUUACGGCGCUAUGGCAAUGAAACAGUGCUGCGCAAAAAUCUCGUCUUUGCCGUUCUGCUGCCCGGCAUGGAACUGGACAAUAAAAAUGACUGUGUCUUGUCCAGCGUAUUGGCUGUCCUGGAGUUGGGCAUAAAACAUGUUCAUCAAAUGGGCUUUGCCCAUAAUGCCCAGAUUGACUUCACCCUGAUCUCCAGGGAUACCAAUUGCUCAUCGAUAAACGGUCCCAUUGGAUUCUUUGAGAUCUAUAUGCGUUACCCGGAGAUAAAUGCUGUCAUGGGUCUGUCGUGUGAAUAUGUGUUGGCGCCCAUAUCACGCUAUGCGGGGGUGUGGAAAAUUCCGGUACUCACCUCCGGUGGUAGUGCCAAGGAUUUUGGCAACAAGGCUUCGUCGUAUCCCACUCUGACUCGACUGCGCGGCUCCUUGGCCAAUAAUUUGGGUAAUGUUGUCAAGGGUAUUUUGGAAAGUUUCAAUUGGACCAGCACAGUGCUGAUCUAUCAGAAUGAGGACACCAAGACCAAGGGGAAUUCGGUGUGUUUCUUUUGUGCCGUCGUCGUGCAUGACAAGGUCCAUUCGGAUUAUCAGCAGGCCAUCGAUACGGAGAAAUGGACCAAGGCCAGCAUAAAAUUGCUGCUGACCACGCUGUCGAAAAAGACCAGGAUUGUCAUAAUGUGUGCCGAUCCCCAGUCAAUCAGGCAAAUCAUGUUAACGGCCGAAGAGUUGAAUAUGAUCGAUAGUGGUGAAUAUGUUUUCAUCAAUAUUGAACUGUUUUCAAGAUCCCCCGAUUUAACAUCCAAGCCAUGGUAUGAUAAAAACGAUACGGUCGAAAACAAUGAACGUGCCCGCAAGGCCUAUACAGCCAUGUUGACGGUAACACCCAAGCAACCGGAUGAUGAGGAAUAUACCAAAGUUUCGGAUAAGAUUAAAGCCAUUGCUGAGGCCAAAUACAAUUACACGUUCCAUGACAACGAACCGAUAUCGGUGUUCGUUACAUCCUUUUUCGAUGGUGUCCUGCUGUAUGCGAACGCACUGAAUGACAGCAUACGUGAAGAUCCGACAGUCUUAACACGUCCCCUCAAUGGUACGGAUAUGGUGAGGAGAAUGUGGAAUCGCAGCUUUAUGGGAAUAACGGGUAAUGUGACCAUUGAUGCCAAUGGAGAUAGGAUAUCGGCGUAUUCGUUGCUGGAUAUGAAUCCAACAACGGGACGUUUUGAAAUUGUGGCCCAUUUCCAGCACAACAAAUUGGAAUAUGUUCCGGGCAAGACCAUCCAUUGGGCCGGGAAUCGUUUGGAUCCACCGUUGGAUAGGCCGGUGUGUGGUUACGAUGGGUCACUGUGUCCGGAUAAUUCUCUGCCAGGCUAUGCCAUACUCUCCCUGGUCCUGGGUGUGGUGGUGAUCAUAAUGAGUGUGUGUUUCUUUUUCGGUUAUCGCCACUACAAAUCAGAGGCUGAAAUCAAUUCCAUGGCCUGGAAAGUGAAUAUCGACGAUGUCAUCUUCCACAAUUCCGCUGGACGUUGCUUCCGUGGUUCUCUACACUCGCUGGUCAAGCAUAGCUCCCAAAUGACCCUAAUGUCCGAUGAUAUGGGCUCCCUCAGUGGUGAUCGUCAAAUCUUCAUACCCGUCGGACUAUUUCGUGGCUGUAAGGUGGCCAUCAAAUCGAUAGAUGAACGUAACAUUACCCUCAACAGAUCUCUGAUGUUGGAGCUGAAGCGAAUGAAAGAUUUACAACAUGACCACUUGGUGAAAUUUUUCGGCGCCUGUUUGGAUCCGGCCAAAAGUUUCAUACUGACAGAAUACUGUCCAAAGGGUUCACUGCAGGACAUCUUGGAAAAUGAACAAUUCCAGCUGGACUGGAUGUUUAAGCUGUCGCUAAUGCACGACAUUGUGAGGGGUAUGCAAUUCCUUCAUAAUUCCGACAUCAAGGCUCAUGGGAAUUUGAAAUCCUCGAAUUGUGUGGUGGAUUCUCGAUUUGUCCUGAAAAUCUGUGAUUUUGGUUUGCACACACUGCGCCGUAGCAACGCGGAUAAGGACAACGAUGUGGAGAAUUGCAAUAGUCAUUCGUAUUGGAGCAAACUUUUGUGGACCGCUCCUGAAUUAUUAAAAAUGGAACAUGACCGCCCCCCGGAGGGUACUCAGAAGGGUGAUGUCUAUUCCUUUGCCAUCAUUGUCCAUGAGAUCAGCACCCGCCAAGGUCCUUUCUAUUUGGGUAAAUUGGAAGAGGAGAAAUCACCACAGGAAAUAAUAUAUCUGGUUAAAGGUUACCCGCACAUCGUCCAAACACCAUUUCGCCCUCUGAUUGUUGACAUUCCCAAUGAUUAUAAGGAAAUCAAUACUGUGAUGCAGAAAUGUUGGUCCGAAGAUCCAGCCGAGAGACCGGACUUUAAUGCUCUCAAAUCGAUUAUAAGGAAUAUAAAUAAAGACAAUGAAACCGGCCACAUUGUCGACAAUCUGCUAAAACGUAUGGAACAGUAUGCCAACAAUUUGGAAGAGCUGGUCGAAGAACGUACUCAGGACUAUAUUGAAGAGAAGAAGAAAUGUGAGAAGCUACUCUAUCAGCUGUUGCCACAAAGUGUGGCGGCACAGCUGAUUUCCGGUGAACCGGUUGUGGCUGAAACCUUCGAUCAAGUAACCAUUUAUUUCUCCGACAUUGUAGGCUUUACCGCCAUCUCGGCGGAAAGUACACCCAUGCAAGUGGUACAAUUUCUAAAUGAUCUCUACACCUGUUUCGAUUCGAUUGUGGAAAAUUUCGAUGUUUACAAAGUGGAGACGAUAGGUGAUGCUUAUAUGGUGGUGUCCGGCUUGCCCAUACGCAAUGGCAAUCAACAUUCAAGGGAAAUUGCCCGUUUGGCAUUGGCCCUGCUGGAGGCUGUGCAUAAUUUUAAGAUACAUCAUCGGCCGAAUGAUAAGCUCAAGCUGAGGAUAGGUCUGCACACGGGGGCCUGUGUGGCCGGAGUGGUGGGUUUGAAAAUGCCACGCUAUUGUUUGUUUGGUGACACCGUGAAUACGGCUUCACGCAUGGAGUCGAAUGGCGAGGCUUUGAAGAUUCACAUAAGUGAGAAAACGAAGUUGGCUUUAGAUGCCUUUGGCACCUUCAUUACCACCAAACGUGGUUAUGUACCGAUGAAGGGUAAGGGUGAAAUGUUAACCUAUUGGCUUGAGGGUGAGGUGCCCAAAGUGGAGACACCCAUAUCGCCACAAAAGCUGAUGCUCUCACGACGCUCAUCGCUGAAGCAGGUGCCACGCUAUGGCCUGCAUAAACAAAACUCCGAAGCCUCAGCAUUCCUGCCGCCGCCCUACAAUCAACAACUGGACAUUGGUCGGUCGGUGAGCCGACAAAACUCCCCCAAUUUGCGGGUGAAACGAAAGAUAUCCUCGUCGUCGCCCAAAUUGAAUGGCAAUGAUUUUAAGACUGAUGAUUUCUACAAUUAUCUGGAGGUAAAUGCCCUGAAUAGCAUGAAACUCUCACCACCGCAUAGUGAUAUUUAUAGCAGUAGGUCGCUGAAGGAUGAUGCCAAAGAGGGCUGCUGGGAAAUGGCCAAUUUCCGUUUGCCGCUGUCGGGCACACUGAAGCAGCCUCAUUACAACAGCAACCAUCCGAAACACAGUUAUACUCAACUCUCAUCGACUCAAUCGAAUUCCAAUUUGUCCGGGGUACUGGCACCCAAUUCCGCCUCAAAGUUGAGAAUGAAAAAUUCCCCCACCAUUUCAAGUCUGAUCAACAACAACAACAGUGAUACGGCCAGUUUGGGCAGCUCGACGAGAAUAAAAUUCAGCAUCAACAAUGAAAGUUCGGAGGAGACACAAAACCUCGUCUCAUCGCAUGUCUAUGAGGAUGAUGAAGGUGAGGCCGAGGCUGAGGCCAAUAUGAUAAAUCCCCAAGCGGAAGCUGAGGAAGAUGAUGAGGAGGAGCAGGAGGAAGGGGAAAUCAUUGAAACUCCCUUAACGCGUGAGCGUAAAACUGCAAUUGUUAUGCCCCAGCCGCCAGCCAUAAAUGGCGACCUGCUCUACAACUACAACAAUCGUACGCCAUCGUUGACCAAUCUGGAUCAACAGACAAAUCACUAUUUUCACCCGCCUCCACUGAACUCCUCGAGAGGUCCAUACAAUAAUACCCCACCCGCCAGUUAUGUCAAGGCCAAUAAUUGUCGAAAUGCCACGCAAUUUUUGGCAAAUAACUCAUCGAAUAAUAGUCUGGUCCAAAUGGACGAUAACUCGCUGACGAAAAUGAAUAGUUUACCUGAUGAUGGUGGUGGUGGUGGUGGGGGAACGCCAUCUAUUGGCAAUCGUCUAACGGUGAAACAUCAUCCAUCGGUAACAACAGUACCGCCGUCGUCGACAAAUAAUGCCGUAACACAACCUCUCUUGGCUAAAAUUAAUUCAUAGCAAUAAAUUUAGUUGUAAAUUUAUUUAUGUUUUUUCUGCAUAUGGCAACACUGUGAUGUGCGAAAAUGCAACUCUGUAAUGAAGUGGGGCAAUGUGGUGUAUGUGACACCAAAGUGAAAAGCGUACCUACAUUUGGCAAGGGCAUCACUGUGUGUGUGGCACCAGAGUGAAAAGCGUUCCCGUAUUUGGCAUGGGUAAUGAGAAAAUAAUCAAGAAGGACUUAAAUCAUGUUUACAUAUGCGACAUUCAGGGGGGUUAAACCGUCAAUCAAAGUACGUUUACAUUUACUAAAUCAUUGCAUAUACUUUACAUGAAAUGGACUCUCAUUUCAUGUAUAUACCAUGGUAGAAGAAUAAAGGUAGAUUCAUCAACGUUUGCGAACAUUAAUUUGUCAUAAUUUAAAAAACGUCUUAAAUAAAUAAUAAAUUAUUUUUACACGUUUACUUAUACGCACUAAUCGGAGUAUGUUAUGAUUUGCAUUUUCAAACAUUUUUACAAACUUGAAUAAUUUUUCAUUAAAUUUUUUCAAUUUCAAUGUUCUCAAGCGUUGAUACAUCUACCUGUAUUCUUCUACCAUGAGUACCUGCAAUGAAUCUACUAUUUUUACAAUCUUUUUCGAUAUUAUAAAGGGAAAAUCUGUUAUCGUAAAAAAAAAAACUUUUCAUUCUUGCAGUUCUGGAACAGACCAAAUGACAGCUGAUAAAAUAACAAAUAAAUCUAGGGUUAACUAGUCUGAAUUCGUUUCAUAAAUAGAACUAGAAAGCCCGCCGAUAAAUUAUGCCUUGUCAAAUGCAUCGUCACUCACUGUAUAUUUCAGAGUUGCAUUUAACACAAGUGCUGCAGUCAAACGUCAAUGUGAUGUCAUAGAGGUCAUUGCUUUUAGUCUUCUUUUCAUUACUGUCUGUUAAAAACUCAAAAUUUAACGAAAAAAACACAAUGAACAACUGGCUUUUUCCUUUUUUUGGGAAAUGUCAAAUUUUAAUAAAAUUGUUAAGACUAAAGGUGUGGUUACAUAAGCAGCUUGAAGUUUUCACAUGGCAUAUUUUGUGACAUAUCAUAAAGGGAUGCCAGAGCCGCACUCAAAUUCUGCCGUCUUUUCCCCUAUAAUUUAACAUUAAUAUGCCUUGAUAUGAUGCCAUGAUGCUGCUUAUGUGCCCUCACCUUAAAAUAGCUUAAAGUUUAAAUCAUGACUUCGGAGGGAAAAUACAACACUGUUAACACUUUGUAGCUUAAAACAUUGUUGUAUUCGAUCAGACCAAAAGUGGCAACAGUGUUGUAUUUACACACCGAAGUCCCGAUUUAACACAUUGAUCUGUUUCACCCUUUAGAGUUUUAUCUGAAUUUCUGGUAUUCCCCUAUAUUAUAAUUUGACACUUCAAAGCCAGCAUUGUGUUUCUGCUAUUAUUAGAAUUGUAUUUUUAUAAUCACAUAAAUUAUGGUAGUUUACAUAUUCCUAAGUUACCCCCCCCCCCCCCC